AUGCACAUAGAAAAAUAUAAAGAUAUUUUAGUUGGAACAUCUUCAAAAAAGAUCUAUGAUGAACUAAAUCAGGAUGUAAAUAAAAAUGAUUACGAUAGGUUUUGCCAAGAGUUCAAAACUGAUGAAAAUGCAGAAAAUGAUAAUUUUAAAUUGUGUAAAAAAAUUGCAAGAAAUGCAGAGAAUUUAUCUAAAAUGGGUGUUACAGAUGCAUAUAGAUAUCGUUGUACUCAUUACAGACAUUGGGUUUAUGAUGAAUUACAUAAUCUCUUAAAAGAUAAAAAAGGAAGUUCUGAUAUACAAGACUUUAUUAAUAAAUUAAUAUAUGCACAAAAAUAUAUUAUAUUAUGGUAUGGAGAAUAUGGUUGUCACUUUAAUUUUCAUUUUAAAGAUUUAGAAGAAUUGGAAGAGAAACAAGAAGAGAAACGUUUGUAUGAUUAUUUUCAAAAUUAUUCGUCUAUUAAAACUUAUGAUACCUGUAAUAGGGUUGAACUAGCAAAAUAUGAGGUUUACCUUCGUGAUAUUUCUGCACUAUAUGAAAAAUAUAAAAAUAAAAAACAAUGUUGUCAAAAUUUAUGGUGGAAUAAUUGCAUAAACUAUUUUAAUUGUCAUGAUGAUUAUAACCCUAAAAAAUUAUUAAAUUCUUUAACAAAACGUGGUACUCAAAGCUGUGAUAACAUAAAAAAAGAUGAUAAAUCAUUGAACCCUCCUGAACAAAAGAAUUCUCAAAAUUCCGAAGAUAAUAUUAUGAAUAAAUUUCAUUAUGCUAGGUGUAAAAAUAUAACUAAGGAUAUGAUGACAUGUAAUAUACUUCCAAUAAAUUUUAAAUCUCCCAAAAAUAUUUAUAAACCUUUCCAGAUUGCUAACUGCGAAGAUAAAACAUGCACGUCUAUUCCAGAUAUACAUCUACAACCUGAUAAACUUCCGGAAUUUAUAGCCCCUGUAACAGAUAGUAAAGAAAAACCGAUACCUAAAUUUCCAAGUAAAGAUUAUACCAUUUCACAAUCUAAUGGUGACACUAUAAUUGUACCUAAAGAAAAUAAAUAUAGGUAUGUAUUUACGUUUAAUCGUCCUAUAGAAGAAAAAGAUGCAAGUCCCUUAGAGGAAAAUACGAAACCCUCAAUAAAAUGGAUGUUUGGUAAGGGAGAAUUGAAUUGUACGGAUGAUGAUGCGAGUAAAGAUAAAUACGAACUCUGCAAAUACGUAAAAAAUCUAAAGGAAAGUCAAAGGAAAUUAAAGGAACAAUAUAAGGGAAGCCAUGAAUUAGCUGAUAUUAUGUCUAAAUUUUCUAAUACUAUACCACAAGUAAAUGGUGAUGGAAGCAUUAUUCACAGCAAUCCUGAUGAAAACACAGAUUCAGAAGGUAUCAUAUUUCCUGAUAGUGAUGACUAUAAUAUAGAUAUGUCAGAAGAUGAAAAUAACAUAUUUUACAACAUUCUUGUACGUAUUGGUUUAGUUGCAUUUCUAACCCUAGGAUCAAUUUUUCUUUUUUUCGCUUAUUAUAAGGUAAAUGAAGAUUAA